CAUUCCUGUCCCCUGGAGCACCGGGGAUCCCGAGAGGCACUGGCCAGCCAUGGCGGGGCCUGAACUGCCCUGUCCUUCCUGAGCCUUCCAGAAGAGGCUCCCCCAGAUCUCUCUUUGCCUGCACUCUGACAGAAUUUCCCACUCGCAGUGUCCCUGGGCUGUGGGCCCGAAUCCUCGGUGAGCCGGGAUCUCCCAGCCUCGGAGAGAAUGAAGACCCAGGCUGGCUGGCGACUCAGCCAGUUGAAAGUAAAAAAGAAGUGGCUCUUCCCAGCUUCCUGCAGCUUCUUCUUCUUGCUCUCUGUGCUCAUGACUGGCUGCUUCCUGUGGCAGUAUUACCUCCCCAAGCUGAAGACCGCUUCCUUGGGACCAGAAGCGACCUCUGCACCCUUGAGGAUGUGUCCCCAGUACCCCGAGCCUGUGCCCCUGGCACACCCCCUCCCUGUGUUGAAGGAGGCCCUGGAAAAGGUGGACAGGAUCCUGCGUCAGGCACUGUCUGCUCCAGGGCUGGCUGCCAUGUCUGCAGUUGUCAUCCACAAUGACACUGUGCUCUGGACUGGGAACUUCGGGAAGAAGAACGGCUCUGAUCCGGCUUCUGGGUCCCCUAAUGAGUACACCAUGUACCGGAUCUCCAGUGUCUCCAAGAUCUUUCCAGUCCUCAUGCUUUACCGCCUGUGGGAGGAGGGCACUGUAGCCUCUCUAGAUGACCCUCUGGAGCGGUAUGCCAGCACCUUCACCAUUAACAACCCGCUGGGCGUGGCAUCAGCCCCCGAACGACAAAGCCUGAUGGAUGGGCUGGAGGAGGUGGGCCCAGCCCCGAGGCCUUCGCCGGUCACCCUCCGAAGGAUGGCCAGCCAGCUCUCAGGGCUGCCCAGAAGGCUCCGAUCCACUUCACUGCUGUGGAGGGGCAGCAUGCAGGAGGCCCUGAGCCUGCUCAAGGACGAUGUGCUGGUAGCGGACCCGGGAACCAGGUGCCAUUACAGCACCCUGGCCUUCUCGCUUCUGGCCCAUGUCCUGGCAGCCCACACGGCUCAGGGUGACUACCAGCGUUGGAUCUCCGAGAACGUGCUGGAGCCUCUGGGGAUGGCAGACACCGGUUUCGACCUCACCCCUCUUGUGCGUGCCCGCUUGGCAGCUGGCUUCUACGGCAGCGGGCGGCCGGCACCGCUGUACGACCUGGGCUGGUACCGCCCGUCCGGCCAGAUGUACUCCACGCCCGCUGACCUGGCCAAGCUGGCCACGGCGCUUCUGGGCAGCGGGCUCCAGCGACUCCUGCGGCCCGACACGGCCAAGACGCUGCUGGCGCCGCUGCUGGCCUGCCCUGGGGCCUACUUCGCCAACGAGACAGGCACACCUUGGGAGUUCCACGCGCAAAGGGGCUACCGCGUGGUCCGCAAGGACGGCGACCUGGACGGCUACGCUGCCACCUUCUCCCUGGUGCCGCCGCUGCAGCUGGGCCUCGUGCUGCUGCUGGCCGGGCCGCGGCCACCUGGGCCCGACCUGGUGGCCCAGGCCUACGAAGUGCUCCUGCCGGCCAUGGAGAGGGCCCUCAGGGAGGCCGAGCCCAGCCCGGCCCCGCCACCCAGCGCGCGCCCCUUUGAGGGCUACUUCACUUUCGCCAACCUGACCUUCUACGAGGUGAGCGCCGGGCCAGCGGGCGAGCUGCGCCUGCGCCAGUUCGGGCCCCGCGUCGAGGCGCUGGUGCCCCCCACGUUCCGGACGCUGGCGCUGCGCCACCUGCGCGGCCGCGUCUUCCAGCUGCACGUGGCCCGCCAGUUCCCGUGCGCGCUGCCGCUCGGCGACACCUGGCUGUCCCUCGAGGCCCAGCACGGGCAGCUCGUCAGCUUCUACCCGCUGGACCGCCACGGGCUGUCCCCGGGCUUCGAUGUGCCGGGGCUCAACACGUACCGGGUGCUGCGGCUGCUGAGCAAGCCCGUGUUCAAGACCCAGUGACCCCGGGCUUUGUCCGGGGCCUCCCCCCUCACCUUCCCGCUUUUCCAACCUAGGUUUGGAAGGUAAGGCUCCCGGGGUGUCUGAUAGAGAACCCGAGGAGUUGACAAAGUGGGGUCGGGCGGUGCUCCUCAAAGUGGGGUCCCGGGACCACAGUCGGUUUGCAAACUCUUCGUUAUCCAUGGGAGAGGAAGAGCUAAGUACAGGAACUUGGAGUAAAGCAUUUGGAAGCUUUAAUAUGUCGGCAAAAUACUUCUGUGUUUGUUGAAUCUAAGACAAAAUAUAGGCUGUGUUUUGUCUUAAAAAAUCAAUCUUAUUGAGUUAUAAUUUACGUAAAAUGAAACACACAUUAUGAGGGUAUAUUUUGGUGAUUUUGGCAAAUAUUUAUACCCACCACCACAAUCAAGAUAUAGAAAAUUUCCAACUG